AUGUCUUACGUUAUUGCUGGUCGUGCUAUCAAGAACGAGUACCUCGCUUUGGGCACUCUCGGCCUGACAGGCCUGAUCGUCUCUAUGGCUAUGGGAGGCAGCAAGAAGGACAAGGCUGUCCCUGCGUCUGGCAAACAGACUAUCGAGCAGGUCAAGAACGCCGUAAAGAUUGACGCAAGCUCGAGGUGCGUGGCUGUCCGUGUCUCUCCGGCCCGUUUUGCUCAUGCCUGUUUCGCGUUUGUCAGCGAGGAAGAGCAGUUCAUCAAGAACUUCAUUGCAGAGGCAGAGAAAGAGUCAAAACACUAG